CGAUAAGGUUCAGUUAGCCAAGGUGGAGGAUGGGAAAAGAAUGGAGCUGUCCCAGCUACUCAAUGAGAUCAGGGCAAACUAUGAAAAGCUCCUCACCAGAAAUCAGAUAGAGACCGUGCUCUCAACAAGGAUCCAGGGGCUUCUCUGAAGGCAGAAGUCUAUUUUAGUUCCUCUAAUGCCUGUGAGAGCUUAAAGUUCUAAAUUAUUCACAAUAUACUUCCCAGCAGUAUUUACUCCUUGUCUGCAUAACCAGUCCCAGAAUCGAUUGAUCAGUUAUGGAUAUAUAACUAUUUGCUCUUUUAUAAAGAAACUUGCAAGAAAGGACAAGUGGAAAUAACAGAUAAUUUUCAAUCCUUCUUCCUUAAUGAUGCCAUGAAUAAUGUUAGAAGAAGAUAUAAGCAAAAAAAUGGACAAAGAUGAAGAGGCUUUAAGGGCGGCUCAAGCAGAACUGAAGGAAGCUCGGCGCCAGUGGCACCAUCUGCAAGUGGAAAUCGAGUCUCUCCAUGCUGUGGAAAGGGGCCUUGAAAACUCCCUCCAGGCCAGUGAGCAGCAGCAUCAGAUGCAACUACAAGACCUGGAGUCUGUGAUUGAGGGACUGGAGACAGAGCUCCAGGAAGUGAGGCGGGGCAUCGAAAGGCAGCUUCAAGAGCAUGAGAUGCUGCUCAACACGAAGAUGAGGCUCGAACAAGAAAUAGCAACCUAUCGCCGCCUCCUGGAAAAGGAAGAAAUCAGAUAUUAUGGUUGUAUUCAAGAAAAGAAAAAAGAACGAAAACCUACCACACACAGAGUUGGUUUUGUUUUACCUUCAGCCAUUAUAAAUGAAAUAUCUUUUUCAACAAAAGUCCCACCAAAAUGUGAGAAUGAAAAAGUGGAGACAGUGACCAAGCAGGCAAUAUCAAAUGGAAAUGUUGUGAAGGAGAGCACUGAAGCUCAUGGCACUAUUCAGACAGAGAAAGUGGAUGAAGUUAUCAAAGAAUGGGAAGGCUCCUUCUUUAAAGAUAAUCCUCGGUUAAGGAAAAAAUCUGUUUCUCUUCGGUUUGACCUUCAUUUAGCAGCCACUGAUGAGGGGUGUUUACAGACUAAACAGGAUAAUCUACCAGAUAUAGAAGUCAGGCUGAUAAUGAGAAGGUCGUGCAGCAUCCCGUCAAUCAAACAUCCAUCAGCUAAUUAAUUCUCAAUGUAUGACUUGACUUCAAUAUGACACCAGGAUGGACGAAGGUGAGUUAUAUCAACCACCUUCUGUCCCCAAAUGUAAGUAUGUUAUGAUCAAUGUGUGAUUCUCUUCAGGGAAUUAAAAUAAAAGCGGGGGGGGGGGGGUUGGGGGGGACAAAAUUUCUCUGAAUCUAUUCAUGGGUGGACUUUUUUUGGAGAGGGAGAGCUUCGAAAUAAAAUGAAAAAUUCAGUACAGUUUCUAUUUAUUCUCCAAAUAGUCUUUCUUCCCUUGAAGUCUCAUCAGAGAUGGUAAGCAUUAGGCUGGCUAAGUCAGUCUCUGGACCCUAAAUUAGGAGCCCAGCUAAGAAAUGGGCAUUGUUCUCUUGUGAUUGUAUUGUGUUAACUUUCUCACUGUUUGCCUAGGUGGCUGGUUCUACCUAGAAAGAUUUGCUUUCACUCCAAAGAAAGAAAAUUAUUAGCAAACAUUUAGAGAGAAUUCAUUGUUCAAAAGACCAAAAUGUUUCCAUUCAAGACAGUCCUUUGCACACUUAGAAAAAGAGCAAUUAUUUUCUGAGCAAGCAGUUCUCAGCUAACCAGGGGACAGACCUCAGGGCCAAUCUAAUGUUUAAAUAAAAUUAAUCUUCAUCUGAAAGUUUUGGAAUCGUCAACUGAUUUCCAGAAGAGUUGCUUUAUUCAAACUUUCAAGGCUGUGUUCUCUCCCAGAAAAAAAAAAAAUCAGAAGGCUCAUCUGUAUAAACCAAGAAACGUUAGUGGCUACAGGACCUAGAGAGUUACCAACCUUUACCAUGCUAAUUUUUCCUCUGUAAGAGUAAAUGUGAUGGAGUAUUUGAUGCUAACUUUAGAAAAGAUACUGUAUGAAGUAUUCUAAAUAUUUCCAUCAUUUAUGUGAUUUAAGAUAACAGUGUUAUCUAAGAGUACUUGCAGGGUUUUCCUUUUUAACUGUUCAAACUGUCGUAAAAUAGGGAUAGAAAAUAUAUUUGUGAAAAAGUCAAGUAUUGUCGGAAAGUUUUUUAAACCACCUAAUUUGUUUAAUACAAAUUUGUAGGCUAUUUUUUUUGAAAGCAUAAAAGUGCUGAGUAUAAUUGCCAGCUAAAGUUUCAUCUAAGGGCUACAACUAUGUUAGCAAUUUAGUGCAGUUUUUUCCAUCUCUCUCUCUCUCUCUCCUUAAUUUCAACAACAGCAAAAAGAACUUUUUUCUUUUUUGUGUGGUGCUGGAAAUUGAACCCAGGGCCUCAUACAUGCAAGGCAAAUGCCCUGCUACUGAGCUUCAUACCCAGAGCAAGAAUGUCUAUUUUAACCAGAAGAGAAUUAUGUUAAAUUAUGUUUUAACAUAAUAAGCAAUGUAAAUUUUUUAAUUUUAUUUUUAUUUUUUUCUGGUUGCAUCGAGCCUAGCUUAUUUUAGUUUGUGAAAGGAAUCAUGUCAUGUCAUAAAGGGGACAGUCGCAUGCUUAUUCUUGCAUAUGCAUCUGAGCUAAAACUCAUCCUUUGCGUAAGCGUUUCCUUUCAAUAUUAGUUAGGUGUUCCUUUUUUAAGCUUUGAAAAAUGCAGUCAUAUAGGCUAAUGUAUUAAAUGUACUACGCUAAGCAACAGUAGUCACAAUAAAGCAAUAUGUCUUGUGUACUCCGUCUACCGCAUUAAAGACUUGGUACUGGGCAUCGUGAAUUAACUGCUUGUUAGAGUGAUUCCACUACGCAGUUAUUGUAUGUAUACAUGUACAUUUCAAGAUACUUGAAUUUAUGACAAAGUUUUGUUUGCUUUGGGGCAUUUCCUAUGGGGAUGUGAAUUUACCAAAGUAAAUGAUACACUACAAUAAAAAAGAAAUGGAAAUAUG